AUGAGAGGAGUCUGGGAUUUAGAGGAUGGGAAGAGGAGGUUGGGAGUAGACGAGGAUGAGAGGAGUCUGGGAUUUAGAGGAUGGGAAGAGGAGAUUGAUUCACAUUUUUCUUUAUUCUCUCAUGUUUCAGCUCGCCUGCCUGUUCCUGUCCUCAUGAGAAACUCUUCUCAGUUUUCUUCCUCCUCAUCUUCUUCAAUGCAGUAUUGUUCAGUGGUGUGUUCAGUGGUGAAUGUGAGUGCUGUGAGUCUCUCCUGGUACAAAGGAAACAGUUUAUUGUCCAGCAUCAGUGUGUCUGAUCUCAGCAUCAGUCUCUCUCUACCUCUGGAUGUGGAAUAUCAGGAUAAAAACAUCUACAGCUGUGUGAUCAACAACACCAUCAGCAACCAGACCACACAUCUGGACAUCAGUCACACAUGUUCAGAUCAGGGCCCACAUUUGCUGUACAUUGUGCUGGUCAUUGCUGCUGGAUUUCUGUUGUUCACCAUUACCGUAGGGAUAUGUCGCAUCCGUAGGAAAUCUAGAAAAACAGAUGAGACUGGAGAGGAAACAAGAUCUAAUGUAGUGUUGUGUAAACCGACACAAAAAAUGAAAAAGCCGGAUGCUGUGUAUCAAAAUGUUCCCAAAAAACGAUGACUGCAUCUGCUGGACCAACUUUGGGCUUUAUUCACAUUUAUUUUCAAUAUCUCUGUUUUAUCUUCACUAUACUGUAUAUACAUCAUUUUGUUUUCUUUACGGGGUUCACCAAUAGCAUAAUAGCCAGAAUCUCAUCUAGAACAUUAGUUUGUAGGUUGAAUGGCCUUAUAGUAGGAAGCGACAAAGUACCUGAUGGUUCUUAAAGAGCUCCAGCAUGCUCUAGUAUUCUCAAAUUAAACAAACAAUGAAGACAUUCAGGCAGUCUUAGAGCAAUAAACAGUCCAUAGAACUAAUGAAACUUUGCAUUAUAAUGAAUAAACUAAUAUAAUCCCAGAAAGUAAUUUAAGAGCAAUUCAAUGACAUCCAACAAUCAAUGGAGUGAAAAAUUAUUUAGUAAAACUGGCUAGUGAUUCACUGACUGUCACAGGCUCUAAUCUCAAUUGAACCUGAUAAUCCACCAAACUGUGAUUGUUGCUUCUUAAUGGAUGAAAUACAGCAGUGCCAAGCCAUUCAGGAGCAGCUGUCAAGCUAGUUUUUUGGUGUGUUCCACACAAUACUUCAGAUGUGGAUACUAGGGUUUGUUAAAGGGGUGGCACAGGGGGUACCAAGAACCAGUCAGGGGGCUCACAUAU